CCGCUCUAUCCAUAUAUAAACCCCCCUCCUCCUCCCCUGCAAGCCUCAACGACCCAUCUCCAAGAAACCACCUCCCCUCCUCUCACCCCACCCCAAUCCCAAUCCAAAUCCUUCUCCACGAACCAAUCCAACCCAAUCCGAUUAGUCCCCACGCAGUUCCCCGUCAUUUUUCUGAGUUUCCUUUUUGCCGAUCAAGAAUUCAAGAUUCGAUCGGAGUCCGGCGAAUUCAUUGGAGUUGGAGAUGAAGCUUGACAGGGAGAUGGAGAUGCUGCUCAACGAGAUCCCCCUCCUCCACCACGGCGGCCUCCUCGGUGGCAGCGACGGCGACGCCGAAGCAGAGGACAUCUCCUACCUCAUCCACGAACUCGCCGCGAUGGGCGUCGUCGACGGCGACGACGAGCCGCCGGAGCCUGUCGCCGCCGACGGCCUCGGCUUCUCCAGCUUGAUUUAUCCCAUGAAGCGCGAGAAUCUUGUGGCCUCGCAGCCGUUCUCCAUGGCGAACCACUGCGCGCACAUGCCGUCUCUGUUUGAUCCCUUCCCCUUCGACGCUGCUGCCGACGACUGGGACCUCCAGUACUCCCCGCCGCCGGCGCCAGCGACCACGCCGAGGGCUCGGUGCAAGAACACCAGGAGGAAGAACGGCGGCCGCGCGGCGACGAUGAGCCCCAAGAAGUGCGCGGCGGCGGCGGCGGCAAAGACGCACGGCGAGGGCCUUUCUGGCUUGCGCGGGUUCAUGUACCACGUCGCCCGUGACCAGCACGGGUGCCGGUUCCUGCAGCAGCGGCUAGAUGACGGCAAGAGCGAGGUUGACCUCAUCUUCGCCGGCGUCGCGCGCCACGCCACGCAGCUGAUGGUGGAUCCGUUCGGGAACUACCUCAUGCAGAAGCUGUUCGCCGUUUGCGACGCCGGGCAGAGGAUGGCACUCGUGCUCACACUCACAGGCGACCCCUUCGUUCUCGUCACGAUCUCCCUCAACGUCCAUGGGACACGGGCAGUGCAGAAGCUGAUUGAGAGCCUCAGGACAAAGGAGGAGAUCCGGCUUGUCAUCGAGGCGCUGCGCCCCGGGUUCUUGGAGCUCAUCAAGGAUCCCAAUGGCAAUCAUGUCGUGCAAAAGUGCUUGCAGUCAUUUGAGGCCCAUGAUAACAAGCCGAUCUUUGAUGCUGCUGCUGUUCGUUGUCUCGAUAUCGGGAUGCAAAGCCACGGUUGCUGCGUCCUGCAGCGGUGCAUUGCACGUUCGCGUGGUGAGCACAGGGAGAAGCUGGUUGCUGCGAUCGCUUGCAAUGGAUUUGAACUUGCGCAAGAUGCCUAUGGGAACUAUGUUGUCCAGUAUGUAAUAGACCUGAAGAUCCCAAAUGCAAAUUCAAGUCUUGCACAACAGUUUGAAUGCAACUAUAUCCACCUUUCCAUGCAGAAGUUCAGUAGCAAUGUGGUUGAGAAAUGCCUGAAAGUCUUCAAGGAGGCUGACAAGGCGAAAAUCAUACUUGAACUCCUCACCACGCCACACUUGGAGCAGUUGCUUCAGCACCCCUAUGCAAACUAUGUCAUCUACUCAGCUCUCCAGAAUUCCAAGGGUUCACUCCAUUCUGCACUGACGAACGCAAUCCGACCUCAUGUCGAACUACUUAGGACCAGUCCAUACUGCAAGAGGAUCUACUCUCGAGCUUUGCUGAAGAAGUGACAAACCAAUGACAUUUUUUCAGCAUGUAACAAGAAAGAUUAUUGUCCUUUGCUGUUUUUCAGUUUUGAAAGGCAUAAAGAUGAUCUCGAAACGUAGAUCUGUAUAAAUUAGCGUUCUUUGGUCAUGUACUUCUACCUGUACCUGUAUUUGAUGCACUGCUUGUGCCUGGUGUUGCAUAAACCAUCUAAGAAGGAAUAAGCUCAAUUGAACAAGUCAUUGCAACCACGAA